CGCAUAGCGCACGCACAUGCACGCUCGCCCGUCGUCGAAGUGAAGUGUUUAUUCGCGUUUACGUUGUGAUCACGUUUUAGAGCUGUCUUAAUUUCAUCCUCCGUGAAGCGAUCGAAAGUCGCAGAGAGGCUUUGAAGUAUUUCGUCCCUGAUAUUGAAUAUACAACAGUAUUGAAAUGACCGAAGAAGUGAACCCCAAGGCCUACCCUCUGGCUGAUGCCACCCUCACUGCCAAGAUUCUCAAUCUUGUCCAGCAAGCUAUGAACUAUAAGCAGCUGCGCAAAGGAGCUAAUGAAGCCACUAAAACACUGAACAGAGGUCUUUCUGAAUUCAUCAUCAUGGCUGCUGACGCAGAGCCUCUUGAAAUCAUUCUGCAUCUUCCACUUCUUUGCGAAGAUAAAAACGUGCCAUAUGUGUUUGUGCGAUCAAAGCAAGCUUUAGGACGUGCUUGUGGUGUGUCAAGGCCAGUGGUUGCUGUGUCUGUCACCGUUAAUGAAGGAUCUCAACUUAAACCUCAAAUUACUGCUAUUCAGCAAGAGAUUGAACGCUUGUUGGUUUGAUUAAUUAAGUGACAUGGAGUGGCCAUUAUAACCACAAUUUCCUUAAGUUUAAUUUGGUGUUAAUUUGCCAGUGAAGGCUUUUUUUUUUUUUUAUAAUUGUGUGAUGAAAUUGUGCCUAAUGGAUGCGAAAGUGUUUUAUGGACAUGUUUAUUAAAUAAGAAAUGGUGA